UUCAACACAGCCAACGAGCGAGGCGCAGUGGGCAAGAAGGAGAGGGGGGAAAAAAAGACGGAAAAUAACAAAAACCCAACAAAUAUUGACUAAAACAAAGGAGGAUCAUUUUGACACAAAUUGAACUCGAGCCAAAGUCCUUGGAGACAGAUGGCUGCCACUCAGGAUGCAAAAGGCAAAGGGGAGGGAGGUGACCAAAAUUUCGAUUACAUGUUCAAGCUGCUGAUCAUCGGCAACAGCAGCGUGGGCAAGACGUCCUUCCUAUUCCGCUACGCCGAUGACGCCUUCACCUCGGCCUUUGUCAGCACCGUGGGCAUCGAUUUCAAAGUGAAGACGGUGUACAAAAAUGACAAGAGGAUCAAACUGCAGAUAUGGGACACAGCAGGCCAGGAGCGUUACAGGACCAUCACCACGGCCUACUACCGCGGCGCCAUGGGCUUCAUCCUCAUGUAUGAUAUCACCAAUGAGGAAUCCUUUGGCGCCGUGCAGGAUUGGUCGACCCAGAUAAAAACAUACUCGUGGGAUAAUGCGCAAGUGGUGCUUGCUGGUAAUAAGUGUGAUAUGGAAGAGGAACGAGUGGUGUCGGUGGAUAGCGGCAGGCUGUUGGCGGAACAGCUGGGCUUUGAAUUCUUCGAGACCAGCGCCAAGGACAACAUUAACGUCAAGCAAACCUUUGAGCGCCUCGUCGACCUCAUUUGUGACAAGAUGUCCGACAGCUUGGACGGCGACCCCGCCGUUACAGCUGGAGCGCCCACCGCCAAACUGACAGACAGUGCUCCGCCGCUGCAGCAGCCCAGCUGCAACUGUUAGUUCCACUUACUGUAUCGUGUUUUUGUCCCCCACAAAUCCUUCUUCCCUUUCCCCUCGCCAUCUGGGCCCUUUAGUGGUAGAGAUAUUAAAAUGCUGUCGUGCUAUCGCCUAACCUUUGUCACUUUCUAAUGCGAGCAAAUAAGAAGUUACAGGAUGUGCUAUUAGAGACACUGUCAAUAACCUCCAUAUUUGUAGUCCACGCCAUUGUAAACCAUCCGAACAAAUGAAAAACAAUGAUUAUGUUGUGUAUUUAAAGGAGACAUAUUAUGCAAAUGCUUUCACAAUUUUAAACAGUUCCUAGAUGUCUUAAUAAACCGAUCACUAAAGUAAACCCUAACACUAACCCCUAAUUCUAAACCCCAGUUAAAAUAAGACACAUAAGUGAGAAUGCAACUAUUUGGAUACAAGCCAUUAAAAGUGAAAUCUCCAUCAUAUGUCUACUUUAAAUGUUAGGCUGCCAAAUAGGGCACUCCUCAAUGAGUAUGUGUUUGUGAAUGAACUUUUGGGGAGUUUUCACACGUUAAAAAAGUGGCCUUUAAGCAUCCAUCAUGGCCUGACUUCUGUUUGCGUUUUUACUUUUUCACGUUGUACUCCAUCGAUGCCCUUUUUAGCAUGCCGCCGAAAAAAGGUCAACCACAUGUUCAUCUGAAAAAGACAAUGUCGUAACAAUGACACAGCACAGGAUGUGUACUACACAGUUAGUGGGGAUGGGGUGGGGGAAUUGAUUGUUGAUUAGAAUCGUUUCCUGUUGUAGUCAGCAUGCCAAUGAAGAAAGAGCUCCUCCUAGUGGGUGCUGAGGGCACUGCAAACGUGAGCUGUAACCAGUUGAUUUUUUUGUGUGUCCUUAAGGCCCUUUUGGCUUUUUUAGAACACUUGCAAUCAAUGAAAUAUGUGUGCCAAAAAACAGACAAAAAGGUUUAAAAAAACAACAACAACAACACUCAUUUUAAGUUUGUUUGUUUGUUUGUUGUGUAUAAGCAACAAAAUAGCAGGAACAUGCAUGACCUUGACAUUAUGAAUAAAAUAAAUGUAUACAUGUACAGUAUAUAUAAAUAUAUAUAUAUAUAUAUAAAUGCUACGUUAUAAAUGCUACGUUAACAGAUUUAAAAAAAAGCAUGCUUGCGGCGCUCGCCGUAACAUGCAAAUGGGCCAAUAAGUGCAAUAUUUUCUGACUUUAAAAGCCUGUAAAUACUCUCUCCAUCACUAUAACUACAGUGUGUGUGUUCCAUUUUGUUUGGGUAAAUCAUUUUGUAAGACAAAAAAAAAUUAACAGAUGGCGUCCCCGCUCUACAUGUCGGUCGUGUCAAACUGCAGUGUUGUCGUGAGGAUUCAACGAGACGUUGUGCAUGAGUGUGUGCGUGUGUCAGAAUGUGUGCGUAAUGUUAGAAUUUGAUGCAAUGAAUAGCCAUGAAAUAAGAUAUUAUGUAUGGAUCUCAAGCAAAAAUGUCUGCGUUAGAGCAGGGUGAUUUGCAUAACUAAUGAGAUAUGAUAGAAAGUUAUGUUUGAGAUUGUGGAAAA